AUUCCACGGAAGCAACUUUACGACUAAAUUUAAAUCUAUCUUUUUAUCAACAAAUUAAAAAUGAUUUAUAUCAACAACUCAUAACUAGCCUUCCUAUUAAUGCCAAUAGAUUGUAUAUGACAGGAAAUGUUCAAUCUGACUCUGCUGAUUCAAAUAUUUUGGUUGAAUUUUCAGUUAUAAAAGCAACGGAUUCUUCAAAUGAGCCAAGUGUAAAGGAUAUAAUUAAUGAUUUGGAUGAUAUGAUUAAAAAUAAAGACACAAGUGCACUUUAUGGCAAAAAUUAUACAAAAUUUUUGGAUAGUAAUUAUGGAUUUCAACCUAAAG